AGAUACCACAGAACGGAUCUGAAAGACACUGAGAUACGCUCAGAUACAACACUGAUAGUUUACCUCCUUCACAUUUCAGUGAGUUUAUCUACACAUCAGUAAUGGAGCAGUGUCUCUACAUACUCCUGUUUUUCAUAGUUCCUCUCGUCCUAUCUGUCCCUCGUCAGUACUAUCUGAUCCAGCAGGGGAAAACCUGGAGUGAUGCUCAGGCUUAUUGCAGAGCCACACACACUGACCUGGCUAUCAUCGACAGUAAUGACAACAUGGUCCGACUUCAGAAUGAAGCACAGAGACAUCAAUUCAGUUCCAGUGCUUGGAUUGGACUCUAUAAUCCCACCAACAGCUGGCGCUGGUCCAUGGGAAAUUUGUCAGUAGGAGCUUUAUUGUGGAAAACAGGUGAACCCAACAAUGGUGAUGGAUAUGAGGAGUGUGGUAUGACUUCUCCCUGGGGUUGGGCAGAUGUGAUCUGUACUAAGUUAAUCCCCACUGUCUGUUUUGAUGUAAGUAAAACUGGAAAUCAGAGGUACAUUUACAUUUCUAAUUCUAUGACAUGGCUUGAAGCUCAGACUUACUGUAGACAGCAUCACACAGACUUGGCCAGCUCAAGAGAUGCAACUGAAGACUCAGUUAUAAAGGCACUGACCUCAGACUGGACUUGGUUUGGUCUGUUCAGAGACUCCUGGAAGUGGACAGACCAAACCAAGUUCUCUACCAUCAGCUGGAUGACUGGAAAACCUGAUAAUACCCUGAAGAAUGAAAACUGUGGUUAUAUAAAUAACGGUCAGGCUGCUGAUGCUCUGUGUUCAGACAUAAUGCCUUUCUUCUGUUACUCAGAUGUCACAGGAAAACAACAAAUACUAAGAGUGAAGGUCCAAUCCGAUAAGGAUGUGAAUGAUCCUGCAGUGAUGACGGCCAUCUUGGAGCAGAUCAACCAGAAACUGAAGGAUGAUUUGGGGACAGAGAACAUCACAGUGAAAUGGCGUAAACAAUCAGAUGGAGUUGUGUUUCACAAGCUGAAAGAAGAAAAAAAUACUACAGUAGCAAAUAAUAAGUGUGACCUCUAAAUCUGUUACCUCUAAGUUAUCUUUAAGUUACCUUUAGAUCAAUGCUAAUUUUGGAUUAACUGUUUAGCUGUUAUAUGUACUAUAUUAGCUUAAUACAUAUAUGUUAAAUCUAUUUCUAUAACUAGUAGUCAAUAAGGAAUGUAUAUUAAAUGACUGUUUUAUUUAUUCCGGAUAAGUGUGUUUGCCAAAUGCCGGAAAUGUAAAGGUAAAUAUAAGAGAUACAAGUCAGGCUCUCGUUCACCAUAUUGUGAAGCCUUCUGUUCCAAGCCUUCUUUAUUGUUGAUAUUGCCUCAUUGUGUUUUGACCUGUUUCACUAUUUUUGAUUUUUGGUUUCUGUUUAGCAUUUAUUUGCCACACUUCUUGUUUGCCCAUGGUUUGAACUUUUCCAACUUUUUUUGUCAUGUUUAGAUUGCCGGCUUGUGAUUCCUUUAAUAAACGGCACAUAUUAAUUCUAAUACACCUCCUAAAGUGGAUUAUUUUUUGAACAAAGCCAGAAAUGGACCAGCUCCCUCAUACCUCAAGGCCCUUAUCAGUCCUUGCACUUGGGUCUGAAAAACUGAGUCACUGGCUAACUUCAAAUGACAGUUGAAGACUUACCUCUUCAUGAAAUACUUGCACUUUCUUCCAUUUGUUGAAUAUGUGGAAGAAGAAAACAUUGGACAGUGUGUAUUCAAUGGUAGAGACUUAAAAGCACUUUUGUA